AUGCAGUCGGAGGCAGCCGGUGGAAUUGUAUGCGCCGUCGUCGCUGUCAUUGUGUACUUGAACACCAUCCCUGCGAACUUUGCGUUUGACGACAGCUUCGCUGUGAUUCAUAAUGGCGACGUCACCAACGACUCCAACUCCCUGUGGAGCCUCCUGGUCCAUGACUUCUGGGGUCAGCGCAUCUCCUCCGAACAGAGCCACAAGUCCUGGCGGCCGCUCACGGUGCUCUCCUUCCGGAUGGUUCGGAAGAUCUGGGGGGCGCUGCCGGAGCACUGGCGGAGCAGUGUCGUAGACCGCCGCCUUCGGACCCGGCUGCCGUACGAGGAGGACGAGGCAGCCAAGCGGGGUCUGGACCCGCUGCUAUUCCACGUCAGCAAUGUGGUGGUGCACGCGGUGGUGAGCGCGGCCGUGUGCAGGUUGUCGUACUACUUACUGCGGCUACGUUGGCGUCCGAGGCCGCUACUGUUACUGGCGAGGACGCCGGGGCCGCCGCCGGAGGAAACACGCCCAAGACGGCGGAGUUGGGAGCAGCAGCAGCGGGAGCAGCAGCAGCAGCAGCGGGUGCAACACGUGUCAAGACUAAGGGCCCAACGACCCACCUCCUCCGACGGCGACGCAGCCGCCGGAGAAACCCCGAAGGUGGGGAACAGCAGCUGGGCAUUGGGGGCGGAGGAGGCAAGCGCUCGGCAAGUCGGUCUUAGGCAGCGCCGGAAGCCGGCGGCCGCCGCCGCGGCGCCAGGUGUGCCGCCGCUGCCUAGCGUACCCAGGAGCGAGCCACGUCAUUGUCGCUGGGACGAAACUGCGGCAGAGCCGGAGACACGCGCUCGCCUCCAGCGGCGGCUGCACAUCCCCGCCUGGUUCAGCGGUUUGGCGUUUGCCGUACAUCCCGUACACACAGAGGCGGUGGCGGGAGUGGUGGGCCACGCGGAGCUGCUGUGCGCCGCGCUGGCCGUACCUGCCGUGAUGUUGUACGUGGGCGCUGCUCAGGCCGCUGCGACGUCUCGUGCCACUGGGCGGUGGACCCGUGGGUCGGUGGCGGCGCACUGGGCCGCCGUCACUGCUGCCGCGGCGCUGGCGGCCGCUGCGGCGCUCGCCAAGGAGAUUGGCAUUACAGUGCUGGGCUGCAUGCUGGCCGCGGACGUCCUGCUCGUCCCAUUGGUGGUCGUACAAUCGUAUGCCGAGAAUUGUACGACACGGCCGGCGGCCUGGCGACGGCUUCUUCGUUUGUUGUCUUGGGCAGUAGUGGAGGAGCCAAAAUUGCUGCGAAUGUCAAUGUUGGCGGCUGUGGGGGCUGGCUACGUCCGGUUCCGUAGCUGGGUGGCUGUGGACCAGCUAGUCCGAAUCUACCGUAAGGUUGAGAACCCCAUUGCCUUCUCCUCAUCCCCAAUGGAGAGAGUGUUAACCACCGGCUACCUACAUGCCAGAUACGCGGGGCUGUUGCUGUGGCCGCAACAUCUGGCAGCCGACUGGUCCUUCGAAUGCGUGCCCAUGGUGGCGCAGCUCGCCGACCCGCGGAACGCCCUCACGACGGUGCUGUACGCGGGUAUGACGGCGGUGGUGCUGGCGGCGAGACCCUGGAGUGUGCUGGCGACAUGGCGCCGCGCCGCCGCCGCGCCGGCAGAGGCGAUACGGCCGGCACGCGCCUUGCAGCCGCCGUCGGCAGCAGCGGCGGCGGCGGCGGGAGACGAUGAUGAUGAUGAUGAUGAUGAUGAUGAUCAGCAGCAGCAGCAGCAGCAGCAGCAGCGGCAGACAAGAUCGUGUGAGGAAGGCGGCGGGGAAGUAGAUGUUGGCACUGCCAAGGAUGCUGAUGCUGAGGGUGCUGAUGCUGCUACGCGAUUGUGGGCGGCUCGCUGGCGGCUGUUCGUGCUGACGGGUCUAUUGGUGGGGCCUUUCUUCCCGGCCUCCAACGUGCUGUUCUAUGUGGGCACAUUCAUAGGUGAGCGAAAGCUUGGGGGGCGAGCGGCUACUGUACCUUCCCUCCAUCGGUUUCUGCCUUCUGGUUUCGGAGCUGCUGUCUACAAUGCUGACGCGGACAGCCGAGGGCCGGGAGGGGGCAGAGGAGGAGCUGCACGGCUUUCGGGGCCGUGUGCUGACCGUAGGAGCAAUGCGGGGUACAGCAGCCAGAGAAAAGCUGCCGUGACAGCGAGCAGGGCGGUGAGGAAACUCACCUACGCUUUCACGGCUGUCGUACUUGUGUUGUACGCCGUACGCACAUGGGACCGAAACUGGGACUGGAGUACGGAAGAGGCGCUGUUCGAGUCCGCUGGCAAGGUGUGUCCGGGCAGCGCCAAGGUGCAGCUCAACCUCGGCAUCCUGGAGCGGCGCAGAGGCGACCUGCAAGCCGCGCUGCGGCACUUCAAGGCGGCCAAGUCCAUCGAGCCUGGCUACUGCGAACCCAGCUACUGGAUCGGAAUUUCAUUGAUCAACGCGGUACCGAUGCUCGUACGGGGGCUCGAACCCCGGACCUGCGGCUUGCUCGAUGCAUAA